UGUCACUACCUACUACCUUCAAAACACAGUCAACCUCUAAUACCACUGUGGGAACUUAGCUACUGAAGUUAUUCUGAGUUUACCAACUUGUAUACCUAUCGCAAACCAGCUUGAUUGACAUUGGAGCUCCAGGCUUCUCUUGGAUACUAAGGACUUUGACGGAAGGUUCUACUAUACGAUGGCAGGUGAUUGCAGCAGAGUGAUGUUAGACGUGGAGAGUGGCCCUGUGUACCCAGCAACGACCGUGACCCUGGUACGGGAGAAGUCCACACACCGAUGGAGGCUGUGUGGUGCCCUGCUGGCCAUGGCACUGUGUGUCUCAGCUGCACUCUUCGUUACCUGGCACACCAAGAGACAAGAUCAGGUCGAGGAUGUUAAUGAACUUCAGCAUACACUGAGACAACUCUCUGUAAACAGAAAGGCUGCCAUUCAUCUGGAAGGUGAGUACAACGUCAGUGGAAAAUACAAGACCACAGUGGAGUGGACAGACGAUGAGGGCCAGGUAAUCUCACAGGGGGGUCUUAAACUCAACAACAACGAGAUUGUGAUCCCUCGGCCGGGCCUAUACUUCGUCUACAGCCAGGUCUCUUUCCGCGUCAGCUGCAAGGCCGACCCCAAGCACCCUAACAACCAGGAGAUGGUUCACCUGAGUAACACGGUCACGCGCUGGUCCCCAAGCUACGGCACCGAAGACGACAAGGAGGACCAGAUGCUGCUCAACUCUGUACGCACCGUGUGUAAGAAGUCUUCCAACAGCGAGGCGAGCGAAGGACAGUGGUAUAAUGCCGUGUAUGUGGGAGCCGUGUUCAACCUGGAGAAGGGAGACAGGCUCCGGACAGUCACAGAGAACAGGCUUCUGCCCCAUCUGGAGAGUGGCGAUGGGAAGAACUUCUUUGGCGUGUUCGCCUUGUGAGACGGACGAAAAUGGCAUGACGAUAGAGAGGAAGGGUACUUCCCAAAUCACCCUAUACUUUAACUAUGGGUGCACUAUAUAGGGAGUAGGGUGACGUUUGGGCCGUGGCCUCAGCGUGAGGGGGAAAAGGUUCAUACAGUAGGAGGGGUUAAACAGCAAGAUCCACGAUGAAGAAGAGGAUAAUGGAAGGUUAGCUGAUAGGAGUCAGGGCCGUUUCAUCUACUGAAGUUGACUGAGGUUAAGGCAUCGUGUUGUUUCGUGUUAAAGCCAAUGCAUUUUAUUUUUUAUUUUGAACUCUUCUGUCAAAGAUGAGGAAUUAUAGAUUGGGUACUAGUCUGUUUGUGCCAUCAUGCCACUCCUUGUCAUACCAAACAUCGGCUUGCAUGACAGCAUGAUGUAGGCAAGAGCACAAGCAGAUGUGGAACCAGGCUAGAGAAAUGACACCGAUCUAUCUAAACUGUAGCAGUUUGUUUAUAUAUACUUGGGGUUUAUUGUUUAACAAAUGUGUUGCCAUGGCGUUACCAUGACAGUAAAUGUCUAUGAUGCUAAUGCUGAACUACAAUCCACAGCACAUAAACCAACCCUCACUAUAUAUAUAUAUAUAUAUAUAUAUAUAUAUAUAUUCUACUAUCUGAAGGAAUUCUGACAUACAGUAUGAUUCAAUUUAUUUAAGCAUUGUGGCCCACUACAUCGGUCAAAUAUCUCAUAUUGAGAAGUCAAUUCUAAUUGAUUCUGAAUUCUGAAUUCAUUAUUUAUUUUAAAAAUAUAUAUUUAUCAUUAUGUUUUAGUUAAUUAUACUUGUAUUGUUGUCUGUAUUUACUAUGUAUUAUGAAGCUUUAUUUAAACUAGGCAAGUCAGUUAAGAACAAAUUCUUAUUUACAAUGACGGCCUACCCCGGCCAAUCCCUGCCCUAAACCCAGACAACACUGAGCCAAUUGUGCUCCGCCAUAUGGGACUCCCAAUCACAGUCGGUUGUGAUACAGCCUGGAAUCAAACCAGGGUGUCUGUAGUGACGCCUCUAGCAAUGAGAUGCAGUGCCUUAGACCGCUGCCCACUCAGGAGCCACUAAGGGUAUAUAUUGUAUUACUUGCUAUUUAAAUUACAUUUGAAAUUAUUAUUAUUAUUUUUUUUUUUUUUUUAAUUCUACAUUUUAAAGAGUAAUUUAUUUGUAUACAUUUAUUUAUUUAACUACAGUAGUGUGGUUGAGUUGAAAUAUCUCAAUAAAAUGCGAAUGAAAAAUGACAA